AUGUCGAUCAUCCAGCAGCACAACGCCGCGUCCCUCGGCGACGCCUGGCGCACCAUCAACAUCGAUGCCCUCGAGGAGGACAGCCCAGCCAACUUCGACGUCUCCACCUUGCGGCCGCCCGUCCCCGAAAUCACGGAGCCUGAGGUCCGCCAGCUUGCCGGCCAGGUGCGCCAGCUGCUGCGCGGCGGCGACAACGACGGGGCCCUGCGUGGCUGCCUGGAAAUGCCCGUGUACGUCGGCUCCGACGGCGCCAAGGAGGCCGCUCUGCAAACCAUCCUCGAGGUGCUGCAGUCCAUCAAGGCGAGCGACAUGAGCCCGUUGCUGAAGCGUCUGUACGCGACCGAGAAUGGCAGCGAGCUCCUCGAUGUUCUCAUGAAGUAUUUGUACAAAGGAAUGGCCACGAUCAAGGGCUCGGGCUCGUCGACCCCCCACACGCCGACACGCACGUCGACAAGCGGCUUCAACACCAUUGGCAACCUCGGCUCUACCAAGGGCUUCCUUCCCGGCCAGGGCGGUGGCGACUCGACGGGUGCCGCGAUGAGUGUGCUGCUGAGCUGGCACGAGAAGGUGGUCGAGGUCGCCGGCCUGGGUAGCAUACAGCGCACGAUGACGGACUGGCGGAGGGUGUAA